CGUAACACCUACACAAUGUUAGAUCGCAGUCUCGCAACGACAUCCAUUUGAACAGUCUCAUCCUUCAAGAAAGUUGCUUUUAUUCCAACUCGGUUUCCAGCCACACGUCGUUCUUCGCGCGCACGUGGAGAGCUCCUAAUGACGGUGUGCAGGUAAUACUUUGAGGGCCCUGUAAGACAUGUCUGAAGAGGCAAUUUCAGAAAGUGACCUGGAGGCCAGUCUUGAUAGUGAAGAGGAGUGUAUGGAAAAUGAGGAAGAAGAUGAUGAGGACAUGGAGGAAGAUGAGGAUGAAAAUGAUGGAGAUGAUGAAGAUGACAGUGUUGACCGACCUUCAAGUGCCCAGAGUCAAACAGAAGGUGCUCAGCAUGACGUGGAUUCUACUUCAGCUACCUCUAGAGAGCCCUCCUCCGAUCCGCCGUCUCAGCCCACAUCCCGUCCAUCCUCUAGACCUGCCUCUCGUUCUCAGCCUCCAACCAGCCCAGACAACUCAAGCCAGAGCAAACUAAUCUCCAAUAAAACAAAGAAACAAAAAGCCUCUAAAAUAACCAAAUCAUCUAAGUCUUCGUCAAAAGGCUCCAAACCUCACAAGCCACCUAAGCCUGCAAACAUGAGAAAGAAUAUCAGAAAGCUACUGCAAGAGGAUCAGCUGGAGGCUGGGACCAAGGCAGCUCAGCAGGAAGAGAUGGAGAGGCGAAAACGACUGGAGCAGCAGAGGAAGGACUUCCCUACACCAGUGCCAGCUGUCCCAGACUCUCAACUAGCAGUGAGUGCUGCAGCAUUAUUGGGAGAUGUAUCUCAGUUGGUCCCUGCUCUCCUGGGCAAGCAGGAUGUGAUCUGUCUGGACAGCAGUGGUGAGGAAGAUGAAAAAGUGGAGCCAAAGUUGCCCACACUUGCCAUUAGAGAUGAUGUAAUUGAGCUUAGUUCUGGGGACGAAGAUGCCCUGCAGAUAAGCAGCGAGUCGGCUGAUGAGGAUGUUGAAGGCGGCACUGGCUCAGAGGAGAGCAGUGGUGCUCACAUCAAUGAUGCUUUGAACCUGCCUGACGCUCAGGGCCGAGUGUUGGUUAAUAUCAAUCACCCUGCAGAGGAGAAGGACAUUUUCCUCGCCCCGCAGCUAGCCAAAGCUGUCAAACCUCAUCAAAUUGGGGGAAUCCGGUUUCUCUAUGAUAACCUCAUUGAGUCUCUGGAGCGAUACAAGACCAGCAGUGGCUUUGGCUGCAUCCUGGCUCACAGCAUGGGGCUGGGCAAGACACUACAGAUAAUUUCCUUCAUUGACAUCCUGCUGAGGAACACUGAGGCUCACACUGUGCUGGCCAUUGUCCCAGUGAACACACUUCAGAAUUGGCUGACAGAGUUUAACCUCUGGCUCCCACCUCAGGAGGCUCUUCCUCCUGACAUUGAUCCCACAUUUGUGACUGGCCGCACAUUCAAAGUUCACAUUCUUAACGAUGAGCACAAAACAACACUGGCCAGGGCCAAGGUUGUGGAGGAUUGGUCCAGAGAUGGGGGUGUAUUGUUGAUGGGUUAUGAGAUGUACCGCCUGCUGACCAUGAAGAAGACCUUUGUGAUGAGCAAGAAAAGGAAAUCAAAAAAACCUGCUGGACCAGUCAUCAUUGACCUGGAUGAAGAGGAUAGACAGCAAGAACUCAUGAAAGGAAUUGAAAAGUCCAUAGCACGGCCUGGCCCUGAUGUGGUGAUCUGUGAUGAAGGCCACCGUAUAAAAAACUAUCAUGCCAGCACGUCACAGGCCCUGAAGAACAUCCGUUCCAGGCGCAGAGUGGUUCUGACAGGUUAUCCACUGCAGAACAACCUGACUGAGUAUUGGUGCAUGGUGGACUUUGUCAGGCCUGACUUUUUAGGCACACGUCAGGAGUUCAGCAACAUGUUUGAGCGUCCCAUUCUGAAUGGUCAGUGUGUGGACAGCACACCCCAAGAUGUUCGCUUGAUGCGCUACCGCAGUCACGUGUUGCACAGCUUGUUAGAGGGUUUCGUACAGAGGAGAGGACAUGAUGUACUGAGAGACCAGCUUCCAUCUAAACAGGAGCAUGUGAUCUUAGUGCGGCUCUCACCUGUUCAGAGGGCUCUGUAUACUGAGUUCAUGAAGCGCUUUCGAGAAGCUGGGAACAGUGGCUGGCUCGGCCUCAACCCACUCAAAGCCUUCUGUGUUUGCUGCAAGAUCUGGAAUCACCCAGACGUUCUCUACGAAGCCCUGCAGAAGGAGAAUCAAGCCAACGAGCAGGACCUGGACCUUGAUGACAUCACCUCAGCCAGUAACCCUCGCUGCCCUGCACCUGGUGCAGGCCUGAAGACCAAAGUAGCAGACUCAAGCAACAGCAAAGUAAACAGCACCCUGCAAACUCUCAAUGUCUCUCAGGAUAGAGCCAAUCAGGUCAUCACAUACGAAUGGGCAAAGGACAUAAUGUUCAACUACCAGACAGGGGUUCUGGAGAACUCGGCCAAGAUGGUUCUGCUCUUCUACUUGAUUGAUGAAAGCGUCAGGAGAAGAGACAAGAUUUUGGUUUUUAGUCAAAGUUUAUCCACCCUGACGGUCAUUGAGGACUUCUUAUCAAAGAGGCCGAUGCCCCAAGGCAUCGUCUCCACUGACAGCCAAAACCAAAACUGGGUUCGAAACCUCAACUACUACAGACUGGAUGGGAGUACAUCAGCUACAGAAAGAGAGCGGCUUAUCAAUCAGUUUAAUGACCCCGAGAACAACACAACAUGGGUCUUCCUGCUUUCGACCAGAGCGGGUUGUUUGGGGGUGAAUCUGAUUGGGGCCAAUCGUGUCGUCGUGUUUGAUGCAUCCUGGAACCCUUGCCAUGAUGCCCAAGCAGUGUGCCGCGUGUACCGUUAUGGUCAGAGAAAACCCUGCCACAUUUACCGCCUCGUCUGUGACUUCACCCUGGAGAAGAAGAUCUAUGACAGACAGGUCUCUAAACAGGGCAUGUCCGACCGUGUGGUUGAUGACUUGAACCCGGUGCUGAACUUCACACGUAAGGAAGUGGAGUCGCUGCUGCACUUCGUGGAAGAGGAGCCUGAAGCUGAGAAAUUCUCUCUGGAAUCACGGCAGGACUUUGAGGCAGUGAUGCAUCAAGCUUGUCAGCUUUACCCUAACCUCAUCACCAAGCCACCUUUCCAGCACGAGUCUCUGUUGGUGGACCGCAAGGAGUCAAAACUAACCAAAGCAGAGAAGAGAGCUGCGAAGAAGAGCUAUGAGGAUGAAAAACGAGCCUCUGUACCGUACUCUCGCCCUUCUUAUGCCCCCUAUUACCCAACAAAUGAACAUACACUGGCAAGCUUUGCAGCAUUUAACCAACGUGGCUGGCGCCACCUGACUCGGCCAGAUGACAAACCAGUAGCAAGUGUCAGACCCAUCCAGUCGACGCCAAUCCCAAUGAUGCCUCGGCAGGUUGGCAUGGGCAUGGCCGGUUCCACCUCGGCCAGCAGCCUCCCUGUCAACUUCCUGCAGAAAGCUGGAGUUUACGUGCAAAGAAUUGUCACCACAACUGAUAUUGUAAUUCCAGGAGCAAACAGCACAACAGAUGUUCAAGCUCGCAUUAACGCGGGAGAGAGCAUUCAUGUUAUAAGAGGAUCUAAAGGUACUUACAUCAGAACGAAUGAUGGAAGAAUUUUUGCUAUUCGAUCUGGGAAAAUAAGUCGACCAGUGACAGGGGGGCCUGCCGCUUUAAGAGAAAGCCAAGCUCCCUUGAUUCAUCCUGUCAGUAAUGGCUGUUCAUCUCCUGUGGAUCAACAGCAGCGCUCUCCUAAUGAUGAGCAGCGGUCUUCCUCUCCUUUGGGGUCUGAAAUUCUCAGAGAGCUCAGCCGCUACACCUCAUCCACAGGUGAUGCCUCUGCUGGUACGGAAAACCUGCUGCCGUCACCGUCAGAAGUGUCAUUGGUGCCAGCAGGGAAUGGAGGCGGUGCACAGAUGGGGGAUCUCAGUAGGCAACUUGGUGAUGACCUCCUGAGUUCAGCGUUAGAAAUGCGAGGCAAUAAACGCAGACAUAGUGACAGCCAAGGCAAUGCACAAGGAGGAAGCAAACGUGUGUCCGCUGCAGCCCAUUUCCCUGGACUGUCAAUGGGCUCCAGUGGACUCAGUUUUCCUCCUGUGGGUCUGAACUCUUCCUCCCUUCUGGGGAACCUAAGCCACAUGAGUCACCCACUUCUCAUGGCUGGUGGUGGUGGGUCAUCAUUCCUUCAAACGCCAGGACAAACGCUGGCUGAUCUACAGACCAUGUUCCCCUCAGCAGGAACAGACCUACUGAGACAACCUGCCACAGGAAACGGGCAUCUUCUUACCCCCUCGUCAUCCUCAGCUUUCUCCUCUGCCUCUACCACCAUUCCUAUGUCAUCUACACCCUCAGCUGCAACGUCCUCCUCCCUCCCGUCAGGUUCUUUGCCUCCAUACUUGAUGAACCCCAACAUGGCUGGCCUGCUUUCAUCUAGUUUCCCUCUCAGCUACAGCCAGUCAUUGCUCUCUGAGCCAAGGAUGUUCCCCACCCCUCUCCUCCCGGGAUCAGGGAGGUUCUCUGCUCCUAACUCCAACUCCGCUACAUCCAGUUUUCUCUCACCUUUCAACAACCCAACUUCCAGCCUGCUAGGAGCUGCUCUGACCCAACCAGACAGACAUCCAAGUGAAGUAAAUGGAGGCGACAGUUCUGACGAUGACGUUAUAGAGGUGACAGGACAGUAGAGUCUCAAAAAGUCCCACAAAAGUCAUUUUUACCCUGAGUAAAUUAGGAAUGGGAUUGAGGUGAUUGUUUUUUUUGUUUGUUUGUUUUUUUGUUUUUUUUUAUACAAAUAAGAUUAUUAUGAAAAAAAAGAAGCUUCAGUAAUUAGGAUGACAGUGGAUCUAAACAGAUAAAAAAAAAUAUAUUUGAAUAAAUAAAUAAAUUCUUUAAAGUUUAAUCCUGAAUGGCUACAAAAUAAUAAAGUCUGCAAAGUGUGAUGAAGUCACAUUUUGACACUUUUCCGUUUACCAGCAUUUUCCCGUUCCUAAUGCUGUCACUAAAGCCAACACAUGGACUCUUACCUGCAAGAGAAUCACUUCCUACCAAUGACUUCAGAAAUCUUUAUACUGAAUAUCCCAAACUGGAACAAAACAGCGGUGGGAAACAGAUCCUUGUUAUACGAGGACCAGCUGAAUCUUUCGGGGGUUGUACGCUGCCUCCUCUGCUCCAUUUUUACAACAGGCCUGGCCGUGCAGUUUUACUUUGUCAGACUUCAGAUGAAGUGAUGUUACUGAAACUGCUUAGUGUUGGAUUUUCUCAUUGUGUAUUGUGGCUAAAUACUUGGGUGCAAUCAUGUUAUUUGUUGCACGUCAAUGUUUAAUGCCUAGUUUCCUUUACUGUGGUAAACUGUGUAACGCAGAGAAUAGAAACCCUCAGUAGGUAACGUGGUGUUUGUCAAACUCCACUAUAUAUUUAGAGAAAAUCCUUCAAGGCUUACCUUUAACAACAGAAAUUUUAGGCUUUCUGAGCAUAUUUUAGUCUUUAGCAGUUUGAUAGACAUUGUAGCACCCCCUGUUGAAAGAUAUGUGUGAUACUAUAACUCAUGUUGAUACUUUGUAAAUAAGUCAUUAUCAUUGUUUAUAUUGCAAGUCAAUACUGUGCAGUGUGUAGAUUUUGGCCGUAGGGAGAUGGUUUAUUACUAUACUGAUGAUCAUUAUGAUAAACUCACCCUGGCACCGAUGCUGGAGAAACAAAUUUCUGUUUUUUUUUUUGUUUUGUUUUUUUUCCCCUGAAAAGUAAAAUGAAUGUAUUUUCAUGUUAGCUAUGGACAGCACAGGGAUUGGGGCAUAGAUUCAUAGUGUCUGCUUUCAUUUUAGCCUUAAGUAACACAAAGGGGUCUUGAGUAUUUGUAUUUAUGUUUAGUGAAUCCUUUCUACAAAUCUGUUAGAACUACUGACAUUAAAAAAAUCGAUGUCAACCUCAAAAUGCAAGUUCAGCACAGGCGCCUCAUUGUGACUGAAAGCGACAAGUUUGAAAGCCAAAAGGAGCUCAAACCAAGGAGUUACGUUACUAGGUUCAUUCACAGGUCCUUUUAUGAAUGUUUUGCUUUUGUUUUUGGUUUUUUUACCCCAGUUCUGAAGGAAGUCUCCCAACCUCUUAUGAUCAGUUCACAGACAUGGUAAUUAAAUCAUUUGAUGAGAACAAAUAAUACCUAAACCAUAGAAAACCAUCUGUAUCUGUGCAGCCUCAGAAAAUGAAACCUUCUGUUGUAGCCACCAACCAUCCUAAUAGAUAUCUUUAAUAUUUCAGUCCGACUGCCUGUGACUGUGGCAGAACCAGGUCAGGUGAUGUGGUGGCCUUACAAAACUGACAGUGCCAUUAUGUGGUAACUCUUCACUUAAAUGCAGUGCGGUGUAAGUAGUUUCUGUCAGUGAUGUCAGUGUAGGUUUGCUUUAGGGAGUUUAGGUCUUUGCUGUUCUCCGUAGCCGUCUGUUUCUGUGCCGUCUUGAUGCCUCGGGGUGUUUUAGAUUUAGGAAAGUCACACUCCAUCGUUGCGAAACUAGUUUAGAUGCAGCGUUUUAUUUUUUGUUUGUUUGUUUUUUUUUUUACACUGGAUAACCUGAGACAACAGAUCAUUCCGUAUGGAGUUAUUUUUAUGGAAGGGGAUUUUAUGUAUCCCCACCAUUCUGAUUACUGUUAAUUUUUUAUCUGCUACUGGCUCCUUCUCUGUCUUUAGGGCUAUUUCAUUACAAUCAAGAGGUUUGCGGUUUUCUUCAGCUUGUUACGAGAACUUGUGAUUUGGUUCGCUUUUGAUUUGAAGGUGGAGGUAGCACUUUGUAAGGAAUGUGAACUUUACAAGGUACAUCAAACUGAGUUGACCCCAUGUCUUUAUUCUCUGUUCUUCAAUCAGUUGGAAACUCUACAUCUUCUGUUUAUCUGGAAUAUUUUUAUUCUCCCCCAUUACCUACAGCAUUUCACUCACAUGACAGUUGUGUCCCUAAAUUCAGUAAAAGUGACUGAAAUGUACUUAUUUAUGAUGUAAAAUAUAUUGGGUUUUUUUGUAAUUGCGUUUUUUAAAACUUUUUUGUUCACUUUGACUCAUUAAUGGCUGACCCAGUAAGAAUUUCAUACAUGCAGCCUAAAAUCAAAGUUAAAUAUGACUGUGUUAUCAAUGUUAUUUUAACAAUAAAACAAUGUUCUAUUGUAGUGUAAA